UGAUGCGCACAUAGACAUAGCAUUUGGUUUCAGCCACUGGAAAGCAGCUCACUAGAUUGUGUUUUCUUGAAUCGGCAGUGAUCUUCAAGCACACUUCAAAAGAAAGUCUACCAGUAACUAGACAAUGGCAUCUAAUUCUUUCUCAGUAGAGGAUUUCUCCUGUCCUGUGUGCCAGGGCAUCUUCAGGGAUCCCGUUCUCCUCUCCUGUAGUCACAGCUUCUGUAAGCUCUGUCUGCAGAUGGUCUGGGACACAGGAUCUAGACAAUGUCCAAUCUGCAGGAGGAUAUCCUCAAAUACUCAGCCUCCUCUGAAUCUCCAUCUAAGGAACCUUUGUGAGACUUUCUUACAGAAGAGAAGUCAGAGAACUUCAGCAGGAUCUGAGGUGCUCUGCAGUCUGCACAGUGAGAAACUCAAGCUCUUCUGUCUGGACGAUAAACAGCCUGUGUGUCUGGUGUGUCAGACCUCAAAGAAGCAUCAAAACCAUUACUUCAGUCCCAUCAAUGAGGCUGCACUAGAUAUUAAGGAGGAACUCAAGAUUAUGCUGCAGUCCCUCAGACAGAAACGAAAGACUGAAGAAGAAGUAAAACUCAGAAGUGGCCAGGCAGUAAGAAAUAUUCAGAGCCAGGCUCUAGAAAAAGAGAGGCAGACCCAAGAAUAUUUUGCGAGGCUUCGCAAGGGUCUACAAGAUGAAGAGGCAGCCAGGAUAGCUGCCCUGAUGGAGAAAGAGAAGCAGAUGAUUCGGCCGAUGAAGAAGAAGAUUAAGAAGAUGAGCAGAGAGAUCUCAUCUCUUUCAGACACAAUCAGUGCCAUUGAAAAGCAGAUGGGAGCUGAUGACCUCACAUUUCUACAGAACUACAAGAGCACAGUGGAAAGGUGUUAUUCUUGAAGUUCACCACGUCUGCGGCAGCGCCAGACAUUGGAUGUGUGGUGGAAAGAUGUAGUUCAACAAACAAGUUUUAGCAAUUAAAGGUGAAAAUUAUAGCAGCAAAUUAUAAUGCAAGUGUGGCAGCAGUGGUAUAAGCAGGAUAAUGGACUGCACAUUGUGGCCGUAUUACCACCUUGAACAUUAAUUAUUUUUUUGGUACCCGAAUGCCGUGCUGUCCAUAAUCUCUAUAUUGAUAUAUGAUAUGGGAUUUCUGUCAAUAUUAAAUAUGCCAAUAUUUUCAAACUUAUUUUUGGCCUACUAUCUCCAAGUAGAAUUACCUAUUUACUCUUAUUGCGAUGGCCUACAUGUUGCAAAUACAGACCUAAUUCCUAUUUCUAUUCUUAAUAUAUACUAUAUGCACUCAGCGAUCAUAUGAAAUUUCAAGCCCAUAACAUUUAUUUGACAAAAUGAUCUGCUAAGAAAUGUAAGUAUAAAAAUGAACAUCAACAAAUGCAACGUUGUGCACAAUCGCACACCCCACCUUUAAGAAAUCUAAAUAUUCACUCUUUAUACAUUUUUUUUUUUUACUUGAUGUACAUGUUUACAAGUCUAUUGUCUAUUGUCUAUUGGUGUAGAUGUAGAAUAUGCAGUUUGACAUAAUUAUGACAUUUUCAAAUAAACAUCUCACUCUAUUUGAACACA